CUUUCCAGGUGCCACCCAAUGUUUAGUAGUACCCCUCGUAAACUGGUUUCCUGUUGAUCUCGCUUCCGUAGAGAAGCGAGAUCAACAGGGAACCAGUUUACGAGUAGCCUUGACGAGUAUUGAAAUGGCUGAAACUGACAACACUUCUCUCUCAGAGAGAGUAAAAGGUGCGUUGAUUAUUUUAAAAGACCAGUGUAUGUUUAGUUUGUUACAAUUAAAACUGCAAGGUUCCGAUGGUGGCAUUGGGUGUGGUGUCAGUUUUAGCAAGGCAAGUGUUCAUGUAUCACUACCAAGCGUUAAAACUCGCCAGAGCUACAGAUUCAUGGAUUCAUUUACGGAAAUAUUUAAGACUGGAAAUUCCAUUCUGAUGGAUUUUGUUACGAAUAAAAAAAUCUCCAAAGAAGUUGAUUCACAUCUGCUGGACAUUUUGUUGGCUUUUAUCCGGCGUUCCGAAGAUGCAAGCAAAGGUCUUCAUGGAAAAGAUUCUGAAAGAGAGUCUGAGUGGUCAGCAAGACUGGCUGUUCAUCUGUUUCUGCCUCUGUCAAUGAGGAAGGAUUUCAUUUUAGAUAUUCAUUCCAUGAAAAAACCCAAAGAAUGCCCUUGCUCAUGCAAAACAGACAUCAGAUAUGGUGACACAACAAUCGGAAAUCCUGACACAUGGUUUGGAAGACUGGAUAUUAUAAUCGGAAAAUCUAUGAGUGAACAAGAAAAAAGAAAGAGGCCAAGACUAGAGGCUGAAGCUGAUGUAGGUGCUACUGUAGUCACUGAAGAUUCUGAUGAUGACUUGUCAGAUCAAGAUGCAGCCGAUGAUGAGCUGUCCCAAAUUAAAGUCAAAUCAGACAACCUUGCUGGUCACUUAUCUCAAUUUGUUUCUCAAACCAUUGUGUUUUCAUUUUAUCAGAAAAAAUGCAAUGAAAAUCUCUCUUUUGUGCCAUCUAUUGGCAUCAAUAAAAACCGUAUUCAGUUUCAUUUUUAUGAUGCAGAAAAUGACAUUUACCUUCUAAGUCAAGAGAUUCCAUUAUUUGAUGCUGAAAAUCAUUUGAUAUUACCCACAGUAAUUGCAACCUGGUUGGUUUUGAACUACAAGCAUCUGUUGACAGGCCCAACAACAGAAAUGAUCAAUGAUGACAAGUUUGGUUUUCAUUCGAAAAUACCACCAGGAAGUUUGAAUCUUUAUAAACAUGAAAUGAAAAUGGGAACACCAAUUCAACCUAAAAUAUUAGAGAUUACUAAUGCCGUAUAUCAAGACUAUAUGAUUCGGAAAAUUGCCACUAAAGAAGUUGAUGCAAGAUAUCAACAGAGUUGAGAUCUUUGUGACAGGUUUGAAAUGGCUUAUGGGUUUUAUUUUUGCAAAAUUCAUAUACAGUAAAAUUCUGAUAUAGCGAAUUUCUGCUGACACUCAGUAAAAAUUCGCUAUAAGCGUAAUUCGCUAUAUGUUUGAUUAAAAUAUAACGAAUUGGUUAUAAAACUGAUUUGUUCUACAUGUAUAUCAGUUGCAUAAGAAAGCAGCAAUCAAUAAACUUGAGUUUGUAUUGUCUCUUAAGAGAAAUUAAGCCUAUGUAUUUUCGAGAAGAAAUAUUUUUGUACAAGAUAUAUACACACUGAUUUAUAUAUGAUAAUUUAUCUUUAGGGAUUAUUAAGUCACGCAAGAGCAUGUCGAAAGAAAAAUAUGAACAAAAUUUCGUAAUAAGCGAUUGUUAAAAUUCAUGAGUUUAAAAUGGAAAAAAAAAAUUCGUUACAAAAGGUAAUUUUUACGUUAAUUUUUAAUUCAAGGGGAAUAUGAAUUUACUUCGUUAUAUCCGUAAAUUCGCUAUAUCCGUGUUCCUUAUAAACACAGAUUUUUAUAAAGAAAAUAUAAAAUAUUUGACGGGGAAAUUGAUUUCACUUCGCUAUAGCCGUAAUUUUGCUAUAUCCGUGUUUGCUAUAUUUGAGUUUUACUGUAUACUCCUUGUAAAUUCAAAUUAACGUAGUUCCACACUCCUGUAACGUCAUAAGAGGAGGACAUCAGCAUUGUACCACCUCCACAGUAGAAUAACUGACUGUAAAGUUUGGGCACAUGGCAAGUUCUUAGGUGGGGGAGGGAGAGACUUCAACUUCCGAGACCAGUCCGCCGCCUCCCCCACCUAAGAAGUCGGCGUCUUCAUAUAGUUAUAUAGUUAAAAAUGUAUAUAGCCAGAUAGGCAUAUAGUUAUUAUAUACAUAUACAGUAAUUACUAUAGACUGGUCUAUAAUGUUAAAAGCAGUUGUCGGUUUUUCUUGUAUAUUAUUGUGCAUUUACAUGUAUUUUGGAACUUGUUUAAUUGCCUGUGUUAAAUGUUAAACAGAAAAUAUUAAUAAAAAUUUACUGUAUGCUGACCGUGAUAAGCAACGGGUUAA